AUGUCGGGACGCGUCAACCAGGAACUUCUUCCUUUGGUCGCCGUCCUUUGGUGCUCGGUGUCCGAGUCGUCGAGUGAAGUGGAACGGGCCAUGGCCUUGAACUUGCUGGUGAUUCGUACCGACCACUUGGAGAGAUCCAGAAGCUUCUACGAACAGCUCGGUCUGCGCUUCGUGGAGCACCGGCACGGCUCCGGGCCCAUGCACUACGCCUGCGAGUCGGAGCAGGGCACCUGCUUCGAGCUCUACGCAGCCAGUGGGUCGCAGCCGCGUAGCGCACCGGUGCGCUUUGGCUUUGUAGUGGACGACUUGGAACGGGCGGUGUCUUCAGGGGUUGAGGUGAUCCAGAAAGCCAAGGACUCUCCAUGGGGGCGUCGAGCGGUGAUUAAAGACCUGGAUGGUCAUACCGUUGAGCUCGUCGAGAAGCCCAGCACCAAGAAACGGCCAUGUGAGGAAGGCGAGCAAGAGAGCGGCGACCAGAAGCGGACAGAUGCGAAGGAUGUGCAUUGA